AUGCAAAAUGUGGCACAGUUGUUUGUGCCACCAAGUCCAGACAGCUUCCGUCCCUUUAGUCGUGAGUCCCUUAAAGCCAUCGAAAGAAGGAUUGCUGAAGAGAAUGCCAAGAAACCCAAACAAAAGAAGGAAGAAUGCAAAAAUGAAAUUAAGCAUACACCCAGCCGCGACCUAAAGGAAGGCAAAUCACUCCCCCUUGUAUAUGGGGACAUUCCAGACGGCCUGGUGUCGAUACCACUGGAGGACCUGGAUCCCUACUACAAUAAUCAGAAGACUUUCAUUGUAUUAAACAAAGGAAAGGUAAUUUUUCGCUUCAAUGCCAGUCGAGCCUUGUACCUCCUGAGUGCCUUCAACCCUCUACGAAGGCUAUCAAUUCAGAUUCUAGUACACUCAUAUCCGUUCAACAUGGUGAUCAUGUGCACUAUUCUCACUAACUGUGCAUUUAUGACACUGAGCGAUCCCCCUGACUGGGCAAAGAAUGUGGAGUACACAUUUACAGCGAUUUACACCUUUGAAUCCCUCGUUAAAAUUUUAGCUCGGGGGUUCUGUAUAGGAAAGUUCACAUUUCUAAGAGAUCCCUGGAACUGGCUGGAUCUUUCCCCAUCAGGUCAUUACUAUUACCUGCCUGACAACAAAAAACAUCCAUUACUUUGUGGCAGCAGCAUUGGAGCUGGGAAGUGUCCAGAGGGGUAUAGGUGCUUCAAAGUGGGAAAUAACCCAGACAAUGGUUAUACCAGCUUUGACACAUUUGGCUGGGCCUUCCUUUCUCUUUUCAGACUGAUGACACAGGAUUGUUGGGAAAAGCUGUAUCAGCAGACUUUGCGGACAUCUGGGAAGCCAUACGUGAUCUUUUUUAUGCUUGUAAUAUUCCUUGGUUCCUUCUACUUGAUCAACCUGAUCCUGGGUGUUGUAGCUAUGGCCUAUGACGAGGAGAACCAGAUUGUCAAAAAGGAAGCUCAGGAGAAGGAGGAGGAGUUUCAGGCCAUGCUUGAACAGCUGAGAGAGCAAUAUAAGGAAGCUCAGGCAGCAAUAGCUGCUGCUGAAGAAGGAGCUACCGAGACCAGUGAUAAAGUUGGUGGCAAAGAGAGUUUCUCUAAGACCUUCAAGAUGAGCUCCAAAAGGGCAAAGGAGAGACACAGCAGGCGAAAACAAAGAAAGGAAGAAGAGAAAGUGGCUGAGAGUAAGCCUCCUAAAUCUGAGUCAAAAGACAAUAUACAGAUGGCUUGCAGGAGGUCAUCUACACAUCAGGCUGACACUACUGACACAGACUACAGGCAAAGUAAUGGAGGAAUAAGCCAGGAAUAUAUGGACUUUCUUAAGAGCCGAGAGGCCAGACAGAGACCUCAAAGUCUCACUAGUGUAAUUACAGACACAAUAGAGGAACUUGAAGAGUCAAGGCAGAAAUGUCCUACUUGGUGGUACGAUUUUGCCUACACUUUCCUCAUCUGGGAGUGGUGCCCAGGGUGGCUGAAAUUCAAGAAAAUCAUUCAUCUAAUUGUGAUGGACCCAUUUAUGGACCUAUUCAUUACUAUUUGCAUUGCACUCAACACAUUGUUUAUGGCCAUGGAGCAUUAUCGAAUGACCCCUAGCUUCCAGAACAUGCUUAAUAUCGGCAAUAAGAUAUUCACUGGCAUCUUCACAGCUGAAAUGGUCUUCAAGGUUAUUGCACUGGACCCAUUCUAUUACUUUCAGAAGAAAUGGAAUAUCUUUGAUGCGAUCAUUGUUAGUUUAAGCUUGAUAGAGCUUUGUUUGGAAAAAAUGAAGAAUAUGACUAUCUUGAGAUCAUUCCGAUUGCUUAGAGUAUUCAAGUUGGCUAAAUCCUGGCCCACUCUAAAUAAACUUAUCAAAAUAAUUGGUAAUUCAGUGGGGGCUUUGGGCAACUUGACGCUGGUCUUGGCCAUUAUCGUCUUCAUCUUUGCUGUGGUGGGCAUGCAGCUAUUUGGAAAACAAUACAAGGACUGUGUGUGUAAAAUUUCUGAGGACUGCACUCUUCCUCGUUGGCACAUGAAUGACUUCUUCCAUUCAUUCCUCAUUGUUUUCCGGGUGCUUUGUGGAGAGUGGAUAGAAACCAUGUGGGACUGUAUGACAGUGGUUAAUGAACACAUGUGCAUCACUUUCUACAUGAUGAUCCUGAUUAUGGGAAACCUUGUGGUCCUGAACCUCUUCUUGGCCCUGCUGCUGAGUUCAUUCAGUGCUGACAAUCUAGCAUGGGCAAUGGAUGACAAAGAGACAAACAAUUUGCAAAUUGCCAUUACACGUAUAUACGAAAGCAUUUCCUUCAGCACUAGCUGCAGCAGUGCCUGCCUUAGAGAGAAGAAACAAAAGAAGGAUGAGGAAAAAUCUCUGGAUGAACUCCACAAACCUUUAGGGCCGAACAGUAUCCUAAACCAUGGCAAUGGGGAGGUGAUCGGCGUAGAAAAAACUGGGGACAAAUACAUAGUCAGCACCAAAAGCAAUGAUUCACUAACAUCUUUCAUCAACAACCCUAGUGUGACUGUCACCAUCUCUAUGGCUAUAAAAGAACCCAAUACUGAGGACUUCAACAGUGCUUCAUCAGAUGUAGCAGGAUGUCCUAUUAUCAUUGAUGAUGGACAGUUCAGCUGCUCAGAUGCAAGCACAGUGGAUGAUGUACCAGCUGGAAAGAGAGGAAAUUCUCCAGACUUUGAAUUAGAAGAUGAUAUAGAUCCUAAUGCUUGCUUCUCUGCUGUCUGUGUGCAGGCAUUCCAUUGUUGUCAAGUAAAUGUAGAUGUGGGCUGGGCUAAAAUAUGGUGGGCACUACGAAAAACCUGUUAUCAGAUAGUGGAGCACAACUGGUUUGAGAGCUUUAUCAUCUUCAUGAUCCUGCUUAGCAGUGGGGCUCUUGCAUUUGAAGAUAUCUACAAUGAUCAGAGGAAGACUAUUAAAACAGUUUUGGAGUUUGCAGACAAAAUUUUCACUUGCAUCUUUAUUCUGGAGAUGUUACUGAAGUGGAUGGCAUAUGGAUUUGCUAAAUAUUUCUCAAAUGCCUGGUGCUGGUUGGACUUCCUAAUUGCUAAUAUCUCACUGGCCGAUCUAGUAGCCAACACAUUAAAGGCUAAUAAUUUCGGUCCCAUGAAGUCUUUGAGAACCCUACGAGCUCUAAGGCCACUAAGAGCCCUGUCACGCUUUGAGGGCAUAAGGGUGGUUGUCAAUUCCCUAAUGGCAGCCAUUCCCUCCAUCUUCAAUGUGCUGCUGGUAUGCCUCAUCUUCUGGCUGAUCUUCAGUAUCAUUGGAGUCAACUUAUUUGCAGGAAAGUUCUACUAUUGUGUCAACACAACCACAAAUAAAAAUUUCCUGGUAUCAGAAGUGAAAAAUAUGACAGACUGUAAGCAAAUGGAAAAUGGAAGCGCUCGAGUGAUGAAUCUUAAGGUCAACUUUGAUGAUGUUGGCAUGGGUUACCUUGCACUGUUGCAAGUAGCUACAUUUAAGGGUUGGAUGGACAUCAUGUAUGCCGCUGUUGAUUCUCAAACCUUGCCAGAAGAACAACCAGACUAUGAGGUCAACCUAUAUAUGUACUGUUAUUUUGUUGUUUUCAUCAUAUUUGGAGCAUUUUUCACACUCAAUCUUUUCACUGGUGUUGUUAUUGACAACUUCAAUCAUGUGGUAUUCAUUGUCGUGUUCACUGGAGAGUGCUUAUUGAAGAUGGUCUCGCUCCGGCACUACUUUUUCAUGAAUGGCUGGAAUAUAUUUGAUUUCAUCGUUGUUAUUCUGUCAAUCAUCGGUUUGUUUCUCUCUAAAAUAAUAGAAAAAUACUUUCUUUCACCAACCUUGUUCAGAGUCAUCCGACUGGCACGGAUUGGCCGCGUCCUCCGCCUUGUUAAAAGAGCCAAAAGAAUCCGCACACUCUUGUUUGCCUUGAUGAUGUCACUUCCUGCCUUGUUCAACAUUGGUCUCUUGCUGUUCUUGGAAAAAGGUAUUGAUGAUCUUUUCAAUUUUGAGACUUUUGCGAACAGCAUGAUCUGUCUGUUCCAAAUCACCACCUCAGGUGGCUGGGAUGCCCUACUACAUCCCAUUCUCAACACAAAUGGAGAUGACUGUGACCCUGAGAUGGAGAAUCCUGGUAGUACUUUUAAAGGAAACUGUGGGAAUCCUGCAGUGGGAAUUACCUUCUUUGUGAGCUAUAUCAUUAUCUCUUUCCUUAUUGUGGUGAAUAUGUACAUUGCAGUCAUCCUGGAAAACUUUGGUGUAGCUACUGAAGAGAGCGCUGACCCACUGAGUGAGGAUGAUUUUGAAAUUUUUUAUGAGGUCUGGGAAAGGUUUGAUCCUCAUGCAACACAGUUCAUUGAGUAUAAAAAGCUUUCAGAAUUUGCAGAUAAUCUGGAACCACCAUUGCGCAUAGCCAAGCCUAACAAGUUUGACCUGAUCUCUAUGGACUUACCCAUGGUGAGUGGUGACCGCAUUCACUGCCUAGACAUCCUGUUUGCAUUCACAAAGCGUGUUCUAGGCGAGGGUGGAGAAAUGGACAUUCUAAAGGAGCAAAUGGAAGAGCGCUUCAUGGCUUCGAAUCUUUCAAAGGUGUCCUACGAACCCAUCAGUACCACCAUCCGGCGCAGACAGGAGGCUGUUUCAGUUGUUGUGAUCCAGAGAGCAUUUCGGAAGUAUGUACGGGAAAGUCUAAGAAAAGACACAAGACUCCAUGAGACAUCAAGUAAUAACAAUUAA